UUCAUUUAUAAAUUAACUUGAUUUAUACUUUAGAUAACCCUACUCAGUACACAGUUAAGUCAAUAAGAUUUAUCAACAAGAAAUCUUUUUUAAUCCGGUCAUUGGGUACAUAAAUAAACAAUAAACAUAAAUUUUAACAACGUAAGCAAUAAAUUAAGUGAUUAUAAUAUUAAAAAUAAGAUUGAAAACAAAUUUAUUGUAGUUUUUAUUAAUAAGUAAAAAACUGACUUCAGUUUCUUAGAUUUUUUAAAUAAUUAAAACAUGGCUUUAUCUAGACCAUUAUAUGACCUACUAGGCUCAUAUUUAAUGCAAUUGUACUCAAAUCCAAUUCGAACAAAGUCAAUAACAAGCUGUGUAAUAGCAACAAGUGGUAACCUUGUUGCUCAAUAUAUUUCUGGUACAAAGUUCAUAAAUCAAGAUUCGCUUAUAGCUUAUGGUUUAUAUGGUUUAUUUUUUGGAGGUACAAUUCCUCAUUACUUUUAUAUGUACAUUGAACGAUUAGUACCAAAAACAGUCACAGGCGCGGUGUUUAUAAAAAUUUUAAUUGAACGUUUGUUGUAUUCGCCGCUAAAUUCAGCAUUUUCAUUGUACAUGCUUGCACGUUUAGAAGGAAAAUCGCAUAAUGAAGCUAUUAGACAAUUAAAAAUUUUAUAUUUACCAAUUUUACAAGCUAGUUGGAAAUACUUAACUAUAAUUCAUAUAUUAAACUUUAGUGUUGUUCCACCAAUGUUUCGAGUACUUAUAACAAACCUUGUUGGAUUCUUUUGGGUGAUAUAUUUAGCAAAUAAAAGAAAUCGUAGACAACAAGAAAAAUCCAAAUAAAUUCUUCGAAUAAUUCAUUUUUAUAUUAAUAAUUUUUUAAAACAUUC